UGAUUCAGUUAUCCUCACCGUCACCAUCAUGAAUGUUAUGAUUCCGGGCCAAAUAACCAGCUAUUUUGUAGUGUCUCUCUCUAUGGGCUAACUGUGUUCCAAAGGAAAACUAAUGUUACUGUGUAAAUAAUUAUAAUGGUAAACUAGGAGCUAGGCGUUGUACAGCAUGACAUCUGACUUAAGUUGGCGGUAGCUAGCUAGACCGUGGUAUUAGUAUUACUGUAAUGACAUAUGCGGUUUGUUGUUAUUUGAUCGGAUAUUGCAGUAUCUUGGUCUUCAUCGCUUAAGGUAACAAAGGAAGAUGGCUGAGGACCUAGUCAUUUUGGAUGGCGGAUUGGCAACGGAACUAGAAGCAGCUGGUUUCAAGAUGCAGGGUGAUGCAUUAUGGAGCGCUAGACUUUUGCAUACCAACCCACAGGCUGUUAAAGAGGCCCAUGCCAAAUUCCUGCGUUGUGGUGCUGAUAUUAUUACAACAGCUACAUACCAAGCUAGUGUUGAAGGGUUUGUCCAGCAUCUCGGCAUGACAUCAGAAGAAGCCAGCCAGCUGCUGAUGUCAGGGGUGCAGCUGGCCAGGCAGGCAGUGCAGGAAUUCAUGGCUGAAGGUGUUCAUCCAGGGAGGAGGGUACCGCUGGUGGCCGGAUCUCUUGGACCUUACGGGGCCUUUCUGCUCGACGGCUCAGAGUACUCUGGAGCGUACGCUGACGGCAUGAGCGCCGAGGAGCUGAAAGCGUGGCAUCGACCCCAGAUCCGAUGCUUGGUCGCCGGGGGGGUCGAUCUCAUUGCCAUGGAAACCAUCCCAAGCCUUAAGGAGGGACAGGCAUUGCUGGAGCUACUCCAGGAGUUUCCCAGUUCAAAAGCCUGGCUGUCCUUCUCGUGCAAGGACACACAGUGCAUUUCUGAUGGCAGGAGGUUUUCAGAGGCAGUCCAGAUGGCGAGCCGGUCGAAGCAGCUGGUCGCCGUGGGGAUGAACUGCUGUCCCCCAGCCCUGGUGGAGCCGCUGCUGGAGUCUGCUGCCCCGCACAAGAGCCCCGACCUGCACUGGGUGGUGUACCCUGACGGCGGGGACACCUGGUGUCCUGGGAUCGGAUGGCAAACCCGAGUGGACAAAGUUCCCUUUGCUGACCUGAGCCCAACAUGGAGAAAACAAGGGGCUGCUUGGAUUGGUGGGUGCUGUCGCGUUAGCCCGGCUGACAUAGCUGCCGCGAGAAACCAACUGCUUGGAAGCAAGUGAACCGACUCGGGCGGAGCAGAGGACUUCCAUCCUGCUGACACGAAAAUAAUCAUGUCAUGGCUCCGGUUACGAAACUGAUUCAUAGAUUCAUAACAUGAUCAUUGCUCUUUCAGAAUAUACAAUGUUAAUAUGUACACUCACCGAGCACUUUAUUCGGAACAUUUGUACUUUAUUGCGCCUGCUUAUUCAUGCGAUUAUUCUAAUCAGCCGAUUGUGUGGCAGCAGUGCAGCGCAGACAAUCCUGUAGAGACGGGGCGGAAGCUUCAGUUAAUGUUCACAUCAACCAUCAGAAUGGGGAAGAAAUGUAAUCUAAGUGACUUUGACCGUCAAAUGAUUGUUGGUGGCAGACAGGGUGGUUUGAGUACCUCAGAAACUGCUGAUCUCCUUGGAUUUUCACGCACACUAGUAUCUCGAGUUUGCAAAGAAUGGUGGAAAAAAAACAAAACAUCCAGUGAGUUCUGCAGACAGAAAUGAAUUGUUAGUGAGACAUCAGAGGAGAAUGGCCAGACUGGUCAAAGCUGACAGGUCAUUACAGUGUUAUGCAGUAGAGCAUGUCUGAACACACAACGCAUCAUAACUCAUAAAGUGGAUAGGCUACAGCAAUAGAAGUCUAAUAAAAAAAGUAAUACUGAAUAAAGUGCUCGCUGAGUGUACAUUUUAAUGAUUGUUCUAUGGUUUAUUACUUUUGAUGCAAUAAAAUGAAUGUUUAAAUGGCAUAAAAGUGGAAUACAUAGUGGAAUACUAUGUAUGUGAAAGAAUUGGAGAACAAAAAUAUAGCCACACCAAUGCCACGUAAACUCACAUUUAGAUAAAUUUCACAGUGGAUCCUAUAUCUUUCCACAGAAAAGUAUAGCAUUUAUGGUUGGUAAACAGAAUCGGUAAACAAAGAUAUUGGUGUAUCAUUUCAUAUUUACAAAGCACAUCUUACUUAAACAGAAAUUCAAUUUUGUACAAAUUUGAAGAUGUAACAAUCUUAUUUAGGUAUUACUUCCUAUCAAUCUUCCAUUUCAGUUGUUUUCAUUAAAAAUAAACUAUUUUCUCAAUUCUC